AUGCGAAAGCGGAUGCUGUCGGUUCGUACGUCGACCAAUGGAGCAGCGCCUAGAGAGGAAGGACGAACGGCAGACGACAGUGAGGUACUGGGGGAGCCUGUCAGCCCCUCCGCCAGGCUCGUUGAGGACUUGUUUAUCGUCGUCGUCAUGGGCCUCGCGUCGCCCUCGAACAUCUCCGUCAUCCGCCAAGGCAUCGGCGCUAGGAUGGCAUGCCACCCACGGUUCCAUAGCAUCCAGGCGAGGGACAAGGACGGUAUCCUGCGGUGGGUGCCGACGACGGUGAGCAUGGACCAUCACGUCAUCUGCCCAACGCUGGACCUGGCAGCCGUGGCGGCGAACCCGGACAUGGCUGUGGAGGACUACGUGGCUUCCCUGUCCACUCGGUCCAUGGACAAUUCCCGGCCGCUCUGGGAGUUCCACCUUCUCGACAUCCCGACCUCAGAGGCCACUUCCACCGCCGUGCUGCGCGUGCACCACUCCCUUGGCGACGGCAUGUCGCUCAUCACGCUCCUGAUAUCGUGCACGCGCAGCGCCGCCGACCCUAUGAGGCUGCCGGCCAUGCCGCCGCCGCCCAAACGAACGGGCGCUGUGUACGCACGCCCACGGCCGCCGGCGUCCGCAGGCGCGCUCGAGUUCACCCGGUGGGUAUGGUCGUUCCUCGUGCUCGCGUGGCACACCGUGGUAGACGUCGCCAUCUUUUUCGCGACGAUACUCUUCCUGAAAGACUCGCAUACGCUCUUCACCACGAUUGGCGAUGCGGAGUUCCGCCGCAAGCGCGUCGUGCACCGGAGCCUUAGCCUUGAGGACGUCAAGUUCGUCAAAGAGGCCAUCAACUGUACAGUAAAUGAUGUGUUAGUCGGAGUCACUGACGCUGCCCUAUCACAAUAUUACUACCGGAAAUCAGGUAACACCGAAACUAACCAGGAGAUCCGUUUGCGAUCAAUCCUUCCCGUCAAUUUGCGGCCGACUACAAGCCUGCACGCAUGUGUAAAUAUGAUAAAGUCUGGGAAAGCAAGUGACGUAAAAUGGGGAAAUGAAAUUGGCUUCAUCCUCCUUCCACUACGUAUAGCCAGGCACAGCGAUCCACUCGACUACGUUCGCAAGGCCAAGAUUACUGUGGACCGAAAGAAGAGCUCGUUUGAAGUGGCAUUCACACAUGUAGCUGCAGAAGUGUUCUUCAAACUUUUUGGACCUAAGGCCGGUGCUGCUAUCUUCAAUCGUAUGAUCUCCCAUACUACCACCUCGCUCUCGAACACCAUUGGCCCGGUUGAACAGGUGGAGUUUUAUGGGCACCCGAUUGUUUUCAUUGCUCCUACGACCUAUGUACCAGAAGAAGCCAUAGUCGUGAAUUAUCAAAGUUACGUCAACACCGUCAGAAUAGUACUAUCGGUGGACGAGGCACAAUUCCCAGACUGUCAUGACCUUCUUGAUGACUUUGCUGAAUCCCUCAAGCGUAUUAAGGAUGCAGCUACGGGCCUUGAAAAGCGUAAUCAUAAUCAGAAGGCAUAA